AUGCACUUUGGCAACGAUUCUGGAGCUCCCUCUUUAGGCUGGGAGGUGGCAGAGGUCACUGUGUCCUCCCCUACAAAACUCCGCGUGUUGUUUAAGGCCGUCCAUGUGCCAGGCACCAACUCUACGGUGAAGUUAGAUGAUAUUUCUGUGAGGGAUGGGGCCUGCAGUCCUCCGGGAAGCUGUGACUUCGAGUCCGGACAGUGCACCUGGGUCAACAUCCCCAAAGAAGAUGGACAUGAUUGGGUGCUGGCCAGUGGAGGCUUCCAGGGUCCGCCGACUGACCACACCAUUCAGACGCCAGAGGGUCAGUUCUUGUUGAGCUCUUCACUGCACCAGAGCCAGAGCAGUGUAGCGCAGGUGUUGUCAGAAUGGAUCCCACUGAGAGACACCGCCUCCUGUCUCACCUUAUGGUACCAUAUGGACAGCAGUGACUCGGGGACGUUGAAGGUGUUCAUGCGUUCAGGGUCUUCGGAGGAUGAUCUGAUGUUCAACAGUACCAGCAGUGGACACGGCUGGACCAGGUUCUCUCAGUCUGUAGACAGCAAGCAACCUUUCCAGCUGCUGAUCAAAGCAGAGACGAACAACAGAGGAUUCAUUGCCAUCGAUGACAUCAGUGUCACACCAGGCCUUUGUCAAGUUAAUGAAACAAGUUUGGGAUUUGUGGGUUGCUCAUUUGAAAAUGGCACAUGUGGCUGGGAGGACACCAGUGCUGGCCAGUAUCAGUGGAUGAGAAGAAGGAAUGGUACUGGGAACACUGGACCCUUUGUGGACAACACAGUGGGCACUGAACUGGGCUGGUACAUGGCAGUGGAGCUUGACCAGGGAGAUGCAAUGAGACCUGCUGCCGUGCAGAGUCCCACCAUGAAACAGGCCAGCGUCUCUUGCACACUUCACUUCUACUACAACAUGUAUGGAGAGGACGUAAAGGAGCUGAAUGUGCUGCUAAAGGAGGGCUCCAGGACCUCCGCUCUGUGGUGGCUGUCUGGUAACCAUGAAGAUGUGUGGCAUCACGGCGAGGUUACUGUUGGUCGAAUCCCUCAGGACUUCACCAUCCUGUUCGAAGCCUCCAGGGCCUUCAACAGGCCUGGACACAUUGCCAUUGAUGACAUAGAUUUCACCAACUGCACCCUGCCUGAGCCCCAGCCUUCGUGUCCAGAGAAUAUGUUCGUAUGCAACAACAGAGUGUGUGUGGAGCACAACCAAGUGUGUGACUUCAGCGAUGACUGUGGAGACCGAUCUGAUGAGAACAACUGUGAGCAACAAGGCGUUGUGGAGCGCUGCAGCUUUGAACAAGGCCUGUGUUUCUGGGCGCAAAGUGAUGUGGACGCAGCUGGAGCCGAAUGGACGCAUCACAACGGACAGGAAGCGUGGUCCAAACAUGGGCCUCCCAGGGAUCACACUCAAAACUCUGCUGCAGGUCACUUUGUCAUCCCUGGGACUAACCUGAGUGAGAAGGGUCAGACAUCAGAGAUUCUCUCCAAAACUUUACGACCCAGCUCCAACUGCACGGUGAGAUUCUUCUUCUUCAGCCUGGGCGAAGCUACAGCCAGACUGACAGCACAGUCCAGGACGCUACGGUCUGGUAGUGACGACGCUGUGUUAUGGCUCAGGGGAAACUCCCAGAGCUACAGCUGGCAGAGAGCAGAGGUCACGUUCUCCUCCUCAGUUAAUAGCAAGAUUGUCUUCAGAUAUGAGCGAGGUGACGGUCGCAGAGGGCAGGUUGCGCUGGACGACAUCUCUUUCUCCAGGGAGUGUGAAUUUGACCCUGACAACAACAAAUUACCUGACACAUCACCCACCUCCGCCCCACCUACCUCAACCUCAAAUGCACCUACCCUCCCCUGUCAGGAUAAUGAGUUUUUCUGUUGGCGCUCCGCUGGAACAGUUUGUAUUCUGGAGACUUUAAAGUGUGAUUAUCAUCCAGACUGCCCACAAGGCGAGGACGAGGAUGGCUGUGGUCGGUGCACAUUUGAGAGUGACCAGUGCCAAUGGGCUGACACCAAUGAUGGACAGAGUAGGUGGCAGAGACAGAAAGCCAGUAGCAGCACCGAGCCGCCGACUGACCACACUACAGACACAGGCUACUACAUGAGUGUGAAUUUCAAUCAGGGGUCCACACAGAGUGAAGCUCGACUCCAGAGUCCCCCACUCCCCCCUUCAUCCCCCUACUGCCAGAUUAUGUUUCACUUCCACAUCAGUGCAGAGAGAGCUGGGUCACUCAGAGUGCUUAUGCAGCAAGCUGAGGGGAGUGAAGCAAUCCUGUGGUCACGCAGUCACAACACUAUCUCCCAUUGGACCCCGGAGCAUCUGCCUGUAGGCCUGCACCAGCAGCACUAUAAGGUUUGGUUCAGUAGCAUGAAUGAAGUGACUCAGACUGCUGCUGGAGAUCACAUUGUUGCCGUGGAUGAUAUCUCUUUUAUACACUGUGAAAAGUCCUACCAACCACCAGCUCUGUCUGCCUAUGGCUGUUCUUUUGAAGAGGGUCUGUGUGUUUGGGUUCAGGGGGCUGAAGAUGAGUUGGAUUGGCUCAGCUGGUCAGGUCCCACUGAAACCCCCAACACCGGGCCUGCAGGAGACCACACUACCAGCAAAGGGAAAUACCUUUACAUCAAGAGUUCCUCACCAAGUGUGAAGGGAAACAUGGCCCAACUGAAGUCUUUGCUGCUUCCACCUGCUGGUGAAAAAGGAUACUGUUUCACAUUUUGGUACCACAUGUUCGGGGCGACUGUCGGCUCCUUGAGGAUGCUUCUACAAACCACUGAUCCCUUAAACAAAACAUUGGUGUGGCAAAAAUCAGGAAAUCAGGAGGACGAGUGGCUGCUGAUGCAGAGCCAUGUGACCUUGCGAAAAGUCCACCAAGUGAUUCUGGAGGCUACGGUGGGGGGCGAGGGAGGCGACAUAGCCAUCGAUGACAUCUCCCUCAUCAGUGGACCAUGUCCUGCCUCUGAUAUGUGUGACUUUGAGGAGGGGAGCUGUUACUGGCAGCAGCAGAGCGGCGAUGACUGUGACUGGGUGAGACAGUCGGGCUCCACCCACAACCCCAACACCGGGCCGGACAGCGACCACACCACCAACACACACACGGGACAUUACUACUUCCUGUCCUCCUCUGAUGCCGACCGCGUGGGUCAGACAGCUCAAAUGUCUUCACCGCUGUACCCUGCAGGCAAAGGAGCUUGUGUGCAGCUGUGGUACCACAUGUAUGGCCGAGGAAUGGGCAUGCUGAACGUUUACCAGCAGAGUGAAGACGGGCAGCAAGCUCUGAUCUUCUCUCAGACAGGAGACCAGGGCCGGCUGUGGAGGUUUGCACAGGCGUCACUCCUGCCCCGGGUUCAGCCUUACAGGAUCAUCGUGGAAGGUGUGAAGGCCGGCCCCACUCAGGAGGGAGACAUGGCCUUUGAUGACGUACAUCUGACAGAUGCUCAGUGUCCUCCUCCUGGACAUUGUGACUUUGAAUACAACAUGUGUAGCUGGAGCAACCUGGGAGGAGAAGUGGACCAGGGGGACUGGCUCCGCGGCAGAGGAGCCUCCCCAAACCCCAACACCGGACCCAGCGUUGACCACACCACCAACUCGACACACGGUUACUAUCUGUAUGUGGACAGCUCAGUGGGCAAGUGGGGAGACGCAUCCUUCCAGAUCAGUGACGUGUUCCCGCCGUCCACUAGAGGUCACUGUCUCACAUUCUGGUACCACAUGUAUGGCAACCACGUCGGGACUCUGAGAGUUUACAUAAAUGACAGAAAUCUGCAUUCUGGUGGCAACGAAGAAGGGAUGCUGAAGUGGAUUGAGACAGGAAACAAGGGAGACAAGUGGCAGGAGGCCAGUGUGACUGUUAACCAUACAGAAGCAUUCUGGUUUGUGUUUGUGUAUCAGCGGGGGAUGAAUCCGGGUGGGGAUGUUGCUCUUGAUGAUAUCUCCGUCCUCCCUGGCAGCUGCUACUCAGAGCCCCCCGUUGACCCUCCUGUUGAUAAUAAUGACAUGUUGUCCACAGGUCUGGCUGUUGGUCUGACUCUGCUGGCUGGAGUCAUCAUCGCCACCUUCCUCUUUACGCUGAACAAGAACAGGAAGUGCAGUACAAUGAAUCAGCCGACCAUUCUGAAUAGCGAUCCAUUCGAGGGGAACUCCGCAGUUUGGCCUCACGGACUGCAAAAUAGAUAGCACGCAACACGGAACUGAAUCUGACUUUUCCUUCUUCAACAAUCUGUAUAAUCCGUCGCCAGAUGUAUCCGACGCCCCAACGGCUACAUCUGAUGCUUAGUCCAGAUCAAUAUCUCCAAUGACAUAAAUAAACCUUUCACCAAUUUGUAAAUUCUUCCUGUGCUCUUGGAGAUUGAUUUCCAUUAAACCUAUUAUGAAGAAGAUGAAAUAUUAGUUAGUCUGUCAUUUGGCUGAGAAAAUGAAUCAAAGACUUUAAAGGCAGUUAUUUAAGGACCUUUAGUUUUAAAUAAUGACAACUGGAUUAUUUAUUACAUGAGCAUACUUAUUGCUUACCUACAAACCCCUUGACUGAUGUUUAGCAAACAUAAAAAAUGCAAACUAUUGUUUUAAUGAAUUAAACUAACAUCCUGUUGUAACUUGUUUUAUGUUGUUGUUGGUUUGAACCACCAUUGUCAUUUUUGUGGACAACGAGCAGUCGACAAAUUCUGUGUAAACGUUUUGCAGUGUAAAGAUGCCUGUUUUCUGUUCUGCUGAAACUGAAAAUACAACUCUCUGUUUUGUAACAGUUUAUUAAUAAACUUUUCAUGAAA